AUCUCACCGCAACUGCCCCGCCUACCCCCACAGCCCACGAUUUCUCAAGUUCGUCUGCUCCCAUUGCGAAAUCCUUCGAUUGCUGAGAAGAUGAGCCCCCCGGAGGGAAUAUGUUUCACCCAAGAGCAAGAAGAUCUCGUGGUUAAGUCAUGGGACGUAAUGAAGAAGAAUUCUGCAGAGCUGGCUCUUCAAUUUUUCUUGAAAAUAUUUGAGAUUGCCCCGUCGGCUCAGAACUUGUUCUCCUUCUUGAGAGAUUCUAAAGUUCCUUUGGAGCAAAACCCGAAGCUUAAGCCUCAUGCUGUGAAUGUCUUUGUCAUGACGUGUGAAUCAGCAGUUCAACUGCGGAAGGCUGGUAAAGUCACAGUAAGAGAAUCAAACUUGAAAAGAUUAGGCGCUGUUCAUUUCAAAAGCGGUGUGGUGGAUGAGCAUUUUGAGGUUGUAAGGUUUGCACUUCUGGAAACCAUAAAGGAAGCAGUGCAAGAAAUGUGGUCACCAGACAUGAAGAAUGCAUGGGGAGUAGCUUAUGAUCAGCUAGCUGCCGCCAUCAAAGCCGAAAUGAAAGCUUCCUCUUAGACUAUCUCUACAACUUCCGCAGUCCUUUCCUCUCGAGUUCAUAAAGUUUGAUAGGGUGUCAGUCCAGGGUUUCUGCUUUUAUGUUAGUGAGCUGGUGCUCUUGGUGAUUGUGUUCAAAAAAUUCUGUUGUAUGAAUAUGCAUUAUAUUGCUAUCUUCACCAGGUUUGACAGCAUAUCAGUAUAUUAGCUUUGAACUACUGUUGAAGAUAAUAAAGAUUUAAUUUCUGUUUG